AUGGAGAAUUUGGCCGGCACACUGUUGGACAGCAAUCUGCAGAUGACCCUGCCCUACGGCAUUGGCAUGCACCAUGCCGGCCUGCGAGACAAGGACAGGCGUAUCGUGGAGGAACUCUUUGUCAACCAGAAAAUACAGCCCCUUUGUAGCCUCUUCAUCAUCGUCCUGCCCUUUGAGCAUAUGCUUGCCUAA